AUGAGAGAGGAGCCGGCAGCCGGGAACCCUGGCGCAUCGCUCCAUCCGCUCGACCUCGGCCGAGCAGCCUUUUCGCCCUGGAUCCUCGAUGAGAAGAAACAACCCUCCCUCAACAAGGCCCUCUCCAUGGCCACUGCCACUUCCCCAGACAGCCCACUUUAA